UAUCCGUUUACUAGGAAGCGUGAAAACAAAGCCUACUCACUGAAUGUGGAGUAUAAACAAAUUCCUGUGUACUGUCACAUGGAAGCUGCUGAAAUUGGAACAUGCGGAGGAGGUGGAUGGACGCUGGUCAUGAAGAUCGAUGGAGAAAAGGUAGCAGCAGCGGUGCAACAAUUUUAGUAUUCAUUGAUAAUAUAUUGCCCGCGUUCAUGAUUGGAUCCAAUUCCUCGACUAAUUCUUCAUAACCAACCUCCGCUUAUAUUACCAUAUUUGGAAGAUGUAGGAAAUAUACAUGAUCGAUUCGAUCGAUUCUAUGGUAUAUUUAACAAUUAAUGAAUGAGGCUGAGUAUCUUAUGAAGAAUUAUGGAGAUCGAGGAGGAUGUUAUCCGUGGAGGCCGUAGGCCGAGGCUGAUAACACCCUCCGAGAUCUCCAUAGUUCUUCAUAAGAUACGAAAGCCGAAUUCAAUAAUUGUUUUAUUAUUCAUUCAAAAUAAUUCCUAGUUUAAAAACAAAGCUAAAACAUGCUUACCUCCAUCGAUGUUAAGUUCACCUUCUAUAGUGCACGUUUAGGGUUUUCCGGCUCCGCAAAUGUUCUCCAAAUAGCCUCCGAGAUCUCCAUAAUUCUUCAUAUGAUACGAAAGCCGAGUUCAAUUAUUGUUUUAUUAUUCAUUCAAAAUAAUUCCUAGUUUAAAAACAUGGCUAAAACAUGCUUACCUCCAUCGAUCCAACGAUUUUAAGUUCAUCUUCGAUAGUGCACGUUUAGGUUUGUCCAGCUCCGCAAAUGUUCUCCAAAUAGCAGACGUCGCCCUUCGAGUUGUCUUCUUGCUGUUCUUGCCAUGUGUUUAGCUAUUUUUUCGCCUAGUUCUUACUCUUGAAACGAGUGAAAUGUCCACCAUUUUUCAAGUUCACAACCAAAACAAAUAACCCUCGUCCCCAGGUCUUCUCGGUUAACGGUGCAUUAGCCUGCAAGAACGCUACAUUUUUGACGUCAUUUCCUCGCUAAACACAAAAUUCUUCCAAAUUUGGUCAUCAGUAACUGGUUAUGGUGAAUUAAAAAUGUGCUUUUAGCCAAUCAGAAUCGGAGAAAUAUUUUGAAUGAAUAAUAAUGCCCAUUAUUAAAAACUGGCUCAUUGGAUAAUGCAAUUCUAGUGCUCUGAUUGGCUUAGCCAUCAUGGUAUAUGAGCCAUUAAUAAAAUCCAACUAGUGGUCUAUUAUCACUGCUGCGUUCUGAUUGGUUGAGCUACUACUAGGCUAUAUGUUAUAGCCCACUAGUAGCGAAAAGCGCGGGCUUUUUGGCGGCAAAAAAGGAUUAAAGUCCAGCUUUAACUAGCUGUUUUUUUAUUCUAGAUAUUUUUGACCAACUAGUUGGAUUUUAUUAAAACAAUUAUUCCUCUCGCCCUCAUGGCCUCUGAGUCAAUAGCCGAUUGACUUCGGCCUCAUGGGCUAUUGACUCAGAGCCCAUUCGGGCUCGAGGAAUAAUUGUUAAUUAUACCAUGCUUUCCAAAUAUGGUAACUGUACGCGUCUGCUCAAAAUUAAAAACAAGAUGAAAAUCGGUUGUUUUUACAAAUAAAGUCGGGAAGAAUUCUCGAUAUGUUUUGUGGGCGUUCUUGAUAAAACAAUUAUUCCACUCGCCCUUGUUGGAUAUGAGAUGAUUAUAGCCAUCUCGGCGCUACGCGCCUCGUUGGCUAAUCCACCAUUUCAUAUCCAACGCGCACUCGUGGAAUAAUUGUUAAAUAACCCAUCGCUCAACCUCGAGCAGUUUCCUUUAAACUAUUUUUUGCUAAAAUUGCGACCGAGAAUUGCUAGCAAAUCAGUUUCAUAAGUGAACAGCGGAGCUGGUUGGUUUAGGAAAGUAACUAAACAGCUUUUAAACAAUUAGCUGAAAGGAAGCGAACAUACCGUCAGCUUUUGGCUGGGGGUACAGGUAUUGAAAUAUCAAAUUUGGAAAUUGCCAAUCCAUACUGGACCGCACGGUAUGGGAGUCUGUUGUGUAAACCAUUCCGGCUCAUGAUUAAAAUCAGCUGUUAGGUAAAUUUUGAGCUUUGGUAUGAAUGGGGCAAAGGGCGUGAUUUCAAUCUAGUGCAAUCCUUGGGGCAAGUUUUUUUAAUAGCGCACGAACAAAACGUUUAUUUUCUGAAAUGUUGAUAGUCUCAGAUGAACUGUUAGUUUUACAAUGAAGGAGCAGAAUUUUUGUACGGAAAUUGAUUUUAUUUAAUUUUUACCCUUUUUGUCAUAUUUCCUACCAUAAUAACGUACGUUGCGCAAAAGUGGGUGAUACGAGAUAGUCCGUGAGGAGAAUCUUGUGUGCCGCUCGCAAAAAUGUUACCGUGAAGGUUUCUUACAAGAAUAGAGCUUUACUGACAAUUUUAUGAGGCUAAUUUGGUUCGAUUUUGGCUGAGUCCUUUUUUUAUUUGCGUUUUUAUGAACCGAGACCGAGUUGAGGUCCAUAAAAACGCGAAAAGAACCAGCCCAGUAUCCAUUCCUCUUAACCGAAGAUUUGAUAAAUCAAGGAUUUAUCACAUGGCCAAAAAGGAAAUUGUUUCUUGCACAGACCACAGGAUUCGCUUCAUCUUGACGGGUCGUAAAACGACCCGUCAUAUAAUGUAGCCUCUUCACACUGGCUCACUAGUACACCGAGAUGGCGGCCAUUGACCAUCAUCACAGAAAUCUCGCCAUGUCACGUCAUUUACCUGGCUGGGGUAUUUAUUACAUUAUUUUAAUUCUUACCAGGCGUUUGAUUGUCUUAACCUAGAUAUUCUAAAAGCUACUUGGGGAGGGGGAGGAGGUUGGAUGUAGUUGACCCCCAGGGCCCAGAAGGCCAAGUCUUACAAACUUUUGGAGCAGAAUGCUGUGAUGUCAUGUGAAAAUUGUUUGUUAAUUGACGAUAUAUCAUUCUUUAUCUGUUUAGAAUACCUUUCAUUACGAUUCAGGUUUUUGGAUCGUCAAGGAGGACUAUAAUUCCUCUGCGGGAAAGACCCUGCUUGAUCAUCAAGAAACAAAAUUACCCACCUACUGGAGCACACCAUUCACCAAGAUCUGCCUCGCUAUGAAGAUCGGCCAUCAAGUUAAUUCGAUCGUCAUCAACAAACACGCCAACUCCUUACACUCCCUGAUCGCUGACGGAAAAUACCGUUCGACGUCACUGGGUCGUGACACCUGGAAGAAGCUGAUUGGCCAACAGGCAUCGCUGCAGAAAAAUUGUAAUAAGGAAGGGUUCAAUGCUCUUUCGAAGUGGUACCAGAGCAAAGUAAGAAUAGGUAUCAUAAGUAACGAACAAAACGACUGUAUAUCCCCUGACUCAAGAAUUGGGUUUGGUACUGGUGGUUAUCCUCAUGAUCGUCUCAACACCUGUGGAAACGCGGCCCGGUAUCAACCAGACAAUGGUCGCAAAAACAUUAAAGCGAUGGGCUACAUCCUGGUGCAAUGA